GCAGUGGUGCAAAGAGGGGCGGCCCGUCAAGGAGUUGCAGAGAGCAGCAGCACAGUACAACUAUCGCUUGGUGUCCAAGAAUCUUGUGCCGGAGAGGGUGACCCCAUUUGACAAUGCGAAGCUGAAGCUGCACCACACGCACACCUUCAUGGUGGAUGUGGGUCAUCAUAUCCGCAAAGAUGAUCACAGCACCUGGACACUGGCGCGGUUGCAGGUGGGCCUGCCGAAGCAUUUGGCCCCAAAAUACAACAAGGCCCGAAACGGGGUUGUGAACACUGUGACGCUGAGCGACGUGAACAAACAUCACUAUGAGUUUGCCUUACGCUCCAACGAUGUCAUCACCCUGAAAAAGGAUGGCAGGCUGAUUCAAGAGCUGCCCGCGCAUCAGCAGCCGCAGCUCAGCGAGGAUGAUGUUGUCAAGGAACGCAAGGUGCUGAAUGUCGCUGGUCGAGAAAUCAAGGUGACGAAGGCCUAUGCGCAUCAAGUUGAUCAGGUGCUUGAGCUGUUCCGGGACGCCGAGGAUCAUGUUGCCGAGGUAGAGGAGUCGCGUGGACAUGAGGUGGGACCAAACGAGGACGUGCUGUAUUCGUACCUGACGGUGAAAUACAAAGGUGCUGGCGAGGCCGGAGCCUGA